AUGGUCAACAUUACGGAAAAGAUCAAGGAGAUUGAGGAGGAGAUGAGGAAGACUCAGAAGAAUAAGGCUACUGAAUAUCAUUUGGGUCUCCUCAAGGGUAAACUCGCGCGUUUAAGGGCACAGCUUCUAGAGCCCGGUCCGGGAGCAGGAGGCGGUGGUGGCGCUGGCUUUGAUGUUAGCAAAAGUGGUGAUGCCAGAAUAGCCCUAGUCGGCUUCCCCUCAGUCGGAAAAUCAACGUUCCUAUCCAAAGUCACCAAAACGAGGUCCGAGGUUGCGUCGUACGCAUUCACAACACUCACAGCCAUCCCUGGUGUUUUGGAGUAUGGCGGCGCCGAAAUCCAGUUGCUCGAUUUGCCCGGUAUCAUCGAGGGUGCCGCCGAGGGCAAGGGCAGAGGAAGACAGGUCAUUUCGGCAGCCAAGACCAGCGACAUGAUUCUCAUGGUGCUGGACGCGACCAAGAAGGCCGAACAACGUGCACAGCUCGAGGCUGAAUUGGAGGCCGUCGGUAUCCGUCUGAACAGAGAACCACCUAAUAUCUACCUCAAGGCCAAGAAGGCCGGUGGUAUGAAAAUCACUUUCCAGAGCCCGCCGAAGAACAUGGACGAGAAGAUGGUCUUCAACAUCCUGCGCGACUACAAGAUCCUCAACUGCGAGGUUCUCGUUCGUGACGAGUACGCGACGGUAGACGACCUCAUCGACGUCAUCAUGAAGGACCAUCGCAAGUACAUCAAGUGUCUGUACGUUUACAACAAGAUCGACAGCGUCUCCCUCGACUUCCUCGACAAGCUCGCGCGUGAGCCGCAGACGGCCGUCAUGAGCUGCGAGCUCGACCUCGGUAUCCAGGACGUCAUCGACCGCUGCUGGCAGGAGCUCAAGCUCAUCCGCAUUUACACGAAGCGUAAGGGUAUGGAGCCCGACUUCAGCGAGGCUCUGAUUGUGCGCAGCAACAGCACGAUUGAGGAUGUUUGCGACCGUAUCCACAGAACGCUCAAGGACACGUUCAAGUACGCCCUGGUCUGGGGUGCCAGCGCCAGGCACAUACCGCAGAGGGUGGGACUGGGUCACGUAGUGGCGGACGAGGAUGUCGUCUAUAUCGUGAGCGCGUGGAAGGCGUAG